CAAAAUCUUUGUCAUAAUCCAAACAGAAGAAAGAAGGAUCAUGAAUCUGCAGAUCAUAAUAAUCACUUCCUUUACUCUUCCCAUAUUGUGGCAACUCAUAAGAUCCUCCACAGAAAACAGGAUCUUCAUGACACAGAUUCUUCUCAAAAUAAUGACUAUAGUCACUAAUACCAGCAGUAAAACUGCCAUCUCCUAGAUUCCAGGUAUUAUCCAACAUGGGUAUCGAUCCAAACCCGUUAACGUUGUAAUUAGUGGAAUCAUUAGUAGUCAUCGUUGUCUCUGUCUCCUUGUCCGGAACACCCAUCAUCUGCAGCGGGGGAUCUCGGCUCCGCUUUCUUGGGCGGCAGUCUUUCAUAGCCGGCUGAUCAGAAUCAGAUGAAUUGGGUUCGGAGACGGCGGCGACAACCUUCUUUCCGGGCGCUGCAUUGGCGGCGCCGAGAAUGGCCUUGACGUCAUCCCGAUUCUCAGGCCAGGUUUCCACCUUUCCGUCUGGGGAGACGAUCAUGAGGCAGAGCUUCACGCCGCAGAGUGUGGAUAACUCUCUGCCUUGUUUCAUGAUGCUCGCUUUUCUGUUCUCAUAACGCACCCUCUUAAGUCUGUCCGCAGAUUUCUUCUCUUUGUCCGCCAUUGAUGAUUGUGAUGAGCUUCAGUGACUGCGCCAGAGGUCUUGUAUUUCUAUAUAUACGCUAUCUUCAGGCGGCGUAGAGUUGGUUAAUUAGGUUGGAAAAAUGCUACUGGCAACACUACAAAAAAACAGGCCUGUAGUCACGGAUUUUAGUCACGGAUUCGGUCGUCUGUGACUAGUUUCUCAUGGAUUAAAAAAAAUAGUCACGGAUUUGUCUGUGCAUUAAAAAAUAUAUGCUCAUUUUGAACUAAUAUUAUGCUCAUUUUAAAAUGUUAUAUCUAUGCAUCGAUCUGAAAUUCGCAUGAGAGUUGAUUAUAGACACGAGAGUAGAGAUCAUGAUAUUCAAUUGCAUGCUUAUACUACUCAAUAAAGGAGUUUUGAUGUACAAUGAAAAUGUCAUUAUGCUCAACUAACAAAACUUAUGAUUUUCAUAUCAUUGCUCAUUUGGUAAGUAAUGUAAAAUCAUUUUGUAUGGGUGUUAUGCUCAUUGAAUAUCCGAAUACUCAAUAGACCGAAAUGAUCAUAAUAGGAUUAAAUUAUAGACCUGAGAGCACAUAUCAUUAUACUCAAUUGCAUGAUCCGAAUACUCAAUAGAGGGUGUUUGAUGCUCAACUAACAAAACUUACAAUUUUCAUAUCAAUGCUCAUUUAUAUGUUACGUGUGCUCAGUUGGUACGGAUGUGCUCAUUUUUAAAAUGUCAUAACAUUGCAUAUUUCAAAAGUACCAUAUUACAUUAGAAUCGCAUAUUGAAAUUCAGAGGAAUUGAUUAUAGAUAUAAUUUAAUGAGUUUUUAUAAAAGAAAAAAUAAGGAAAAGAAAGUGAAUUAUAAUAUAUGAAGUUGAUAUCACAAUACUCAUUAUUUGACUCUUAGUGCUCAGUAGAACACGUCUGAUGCUCAUUAAAAGUGUAUUAAUGCUCAUCUAACGAAAACCGUAAUUUUCACUGAAAUAACGAAAAUGUCACCGUUUUUUAAUUGUGAUAUCAGCUUUCCUGUAAUAACACGGAGCUCAUUGUUGGACACUUAAUACUCAUUAAAAUUGGACUAUUGCUCAUUAAAAGUACAUUAAUGCUCAUUAAACAGAAACUGCGAUUUUCACAUUAUUACAAAUAUGCCACCGAAUUAUUUUGUUAUUUUUCCCUUAAGCCUCUUACUGGGCCGGCUGUACGGUACCCACCGUACAACCGGUUGUAUAAUAUACGUACUGGUUGUAUAAUAUACGUACUCGUUUCGGACAUCCAAGCUUCACCUAAAGACAAAAAUGUUUCCAAAAAAUUUACUCGGCUGGAUCAAGUUAAAGGUUUUUUCAUGGGUUAUUAAGUUUCGGUUUGUUUUUAUUGAUUUUUUAUUCUGUUCGAUUUGAAAUUGCUAGGAAGAAUGACCACCAAGAAAAAUCAUACUCCACUGCUUACUAUGUUUUGAUUUGGUUCAUUCGAAUUUGGUUCGGUUUGGAUUUAUUAUUUUUAAAAAAAUACGUGAAGAGUUUUUUGAAUAAUUUAAGUUGGUUCGAUUUUUUUUUAAUAUUUCGGUCAAUUUGAUUUACUGUAGGUUGGAAAAAUGCUACCAAACUCAAACUGAAUCGCAUGUAAUUCGGGUUCGAUGUAGUUUAGUUUGGUACAGUUCGAUUCGGUCAAACCGAACCAAUUAAGCGCCCUUCUUAGAGUCAAUCAGCUACAAAAAAACAAUAUAACUUGCAUAUCCGAUAAUUAGUAUAAAUGAGCCAACGAUGGUUAAAACAGGCUCCCAUCACCCAAUGAAGGAGUCUUAUUUAUAUUUUGAACAUAUCAGUUUUGUCAAUCUAUUUUUAUUUUAAAAAAAACAUUUUAUUUUGCAUACAGAAUUGUAUAAUAGUCAAAAUAAAUGAAGUUGAAAUUGUUUUUUGAGAGAAUUGGAUGAACUUAAUAAAGAUUACCAUUAUAGCUAUUUUAAUAUAACUUUAUCUUAUGAUUAAUUUGCAUUUCAUAAAUUGCCUCUCUCUCUCUCUCUCUAGGGUUGCCUCACGCAACUCCUAGUUGUGUCCGCCUUCAUUAAUUCCGAAGGGCGUGUGGAUUGGUUGGAUUGUAGCGGCAAUAGGUUUGGACGGAUAGGUGGUUUAAGGUGGUGACAGGUCGGGUUAUUGGUGGAAGGGGAGGUGGCUAGUGUAUUUAUCCAGACGCUGGGCAAGCGGAGCGGUAGUGAGCAUCGAUCGAUUCCAGAGGCACAUCAAGGCGACGGAGCAGGUUUGCGCACGGAAGCUGUUGUUGAUAGCUAUAAGAAGAUGGCAAUAGGUGAAGACGAAGAGGAGCUUAACCUUGAUGAUAUUGGCGGCAAGAAUGUUCCAAUGGAGUCAGGGCCUAAUGGGUUCCCGGUGAUCAGGCAGGUUUUAACCGACGGGAAGGUAAAAUUUUCGGGCCUUAAAGAUAUAAUGAUGUCUUUGUGGAGGUCGGGGAAGGGGAUGGAGGUUAAGGAAAUCGGGGAAAAAAGGUAUCUGUCUAUUUUUUUCUCAUCGUUUUGAUAUGAUGUGUGUGCUUGAGGGAGGGUCAUGGCAGUUUGAGCGUAGUCUUUUGAUGCUAAAAGAAGGCAUGCCUGAUGAUAUCCCACACAAAAUAAUUUUAAAUGAGACUGAGUGUUGGCUUCAGAUUCACAAUCUUCCAUUAUAGUCUUGUUAACCUGAGAACUACCAGGCGUGUGGGAAAUUUUGUAGGAGAGUUUAUUAAAUAUGAUGAUAACCAGAAGAGUGAUAAAUUAGAGCCAUAUAUGCGGGUUAGGGUUCUUAUGAAGGUGGAUAAGGCGCUGAAAAAGGGGACAAAUCUGAAAAAGGAUGACAAAAGUUUUUGGGUAGAUUUCAAAUAUGAAAGACUGCCCAACUUUUGUUUUAUCUGUGGGUUCAUUGGACAUUCAGAUAAUUUUUGCCCUCUUAAUUAUGAAGAAGGCUUAGUUUUAGAAAAAAAAGGUAUGGACUCCAUCUUACAGAUGGAAGCGGGGUGAAGACCAGCCCAACAAGAGGUAAUAAAUGGCUCCUGGAUCCGGAGGGUUCAUCGAGCUGCGCUCUGGCAAAACGGGUGGCUAUACAAGGUUUUAUAAAUUGGAAGUGAAGCCAGGUGAAAAAGAGAAAGAUGCAAUGACUGAAUCAGCUCAGAGUAUUACCCAAGGAGGCGGGGAGGAGUUGAAGGAAGAGGUAUCAAAGAGAAGGAAAAUUUGGGAGGCUCGGACAGAAAAGAUACAAGAAGACGACAACAUGACUUUAGACGGGGCAAAAAACGGGGAGGAGGCGGGCUUUGCUCUUUAAGCCCGCCGAAGUUGCUAACGGAUGCAUGGAGGCCGCAGGUCCGAGGGACUGUUUUCGUUUGCUGGCUGCGAAGGAAGACUUUUACUUUUUUUGUUUGGUAUUCUAGUAAUGUUUAUUUCAGUUUUGCUUUUUGUUUCUGUUUUGGUAUUCCUGAUUGUAAGAUGUUGGAUUUGAAUAUGGGGGAUGAGAGGAAUAUGGUGUCCGUUUAUGGCUUUAGGGUUCCCAUUUAUGGAUCAACGAAUUUGUUGGGAUAUAUUAUCCCGGCCUAUUACUGUUCAGGAGCCCAAGACAUUACUCAGUACGGAGCCCGAGCAACUAGGCCCAUUUCGGCCCAUUCGGCCCAGUUUAGCCAUUUGGGCCCACUCCGGCCAUGCGGCCCAUUAGGCUGGAGAGCAUCCCCUUCCCCUGUUCUCUAUAAAUUAAAUAUGGGAGUUUCCCUCCAUAUUAUGGAUCCCUUUUUUAGCUUCUUCUUCCUCCCCAUUUUAGAGCUACCUUCAAUACUCCAUUAAUGGGAACUUGUACAAUGUAAUGUGAGGAGAGUCUUAAUAAGAAAUAGAGGGCUUGGAUAUUAGCCUAAAAAGUCCCGUGGUUUUCUCCAUUUCGGGUUUCCACGUAAAAACUGAG